CGCGAGACAUCAACCAAACAGUAGCUACAUGUAGAAAGCACUAGAACACGGUUGGUUUCCUCGAAAAGAACAGCGGUGUGUGCCCAUUCCUCGGUGAGAUAAUAAUCGAUGUCAGUGAAUUUCGAUGCUGAAUACUUUCUUUUUUGCCCUAGGUGAAAUUCUAUUCGGUGACCAAUGAAUAGUUUGAUGUGAAAAUUUCAUUGUCGUGCUGCUUCUAUUGUUAGUAAGUGUGCAUGUGUUGGCAGUGCUGUAUCCUGUGCCGACCUCGUUAUAAACCUAUCCGGAAGGAUUGUCAUAUUCCUGAAACAACCAAAAUCACCACAGUGUAGUGAGUUAGUUACAUUUCAAGUACUAGAGGCGUCGGGAAAGCGAGAGCGGAAACCUCCAACAGGAUUAUUUGUGUUCUACGAUAUAUGUAGCAGGGGGGGUAUAGAAAAUCGAUGUGCUGGUGUUGAUUCUCGGUGUAAGAGUAUACAAUAAUAUAUGCAUGAUCAUUUUGCAUGGAUUAGAUGUGAUCCUGACCGCUAUUGAUGUGAUGCGUUCCAACGCGGUGGUGAAUCACAACAGUGUGUGCUUAGCAUUCGUCAGUGAGCCGUAAUGUGAUUGAUUAUAGAUUGCAGUAGUGCGAGCGAGGAAUAAAUUAUUCAUGAUUGCAAGACCGAAUGGUGACGGUUGUGUUGAAAGUGGAACAUAGCUGGGUAAAAUAAGGGAUUACAUACCUAUAUGCUGUGCAGUGGUGAUGUGCCGAAAACCGAUCCCAGCUGGAAGCUGUUAGUCGGCACAAUAGGGUAGCAUUGAAGUUGGACACACGCGGAUAAUAAUGAUUAUGGUGUUUUAAUGAAUGAAGUUUACUAUCUUCAAUCGACAGCAGGCCUCAGCCGGAUAUCUCUCGGAUGCUAGAAUCGUUUGCGGUCGAAUAGGAACCAUACGCGGAGGCCCUAAAUCACACGACCGUGUAUCUCAGAAGAAGAUGCUGUGCUCCAAGGCAGCGUUAAUUCGUGGCGUAAAGGAUUACGUCAAUUGAAAUCCGGAAGAGCGAUAAAAGCGUAAGCUUCCGGAACUGUUUCCGAAGAUAAAACUUUGUCCUUUCGACGCCGGAUGCUGGAAUAAUUGGACGACGCUGAAUCGAACAUGAAUAUUCAGAGCAGAUUUACAGCCAACUAGUGGAUAGCGAGGACAAACCUCAUCAGCAAGCAAAAGUAGAUUGAAAUUAGUCUCUGCAUCACGUCGUCAGUGGUGUUCCAUCACCAGGCAGAAGCUGGAAGCAUGAAGCAUUCCAAAUUGAUACAGCCCCAUCAGCCUCAUCAUCAACAGCAAAGGCACCGGCAAGCGAAAGGUUGUGAAUAUAAAAUAGUUACUGGAAAUUGAGUUAUGCAACUGAUUUAAUCAAAUGAGACAUGUUGCUCUGAUAAUAAUCCUCCACAUCCUCUAUAUCUACUUCCCGCCGCGUUGUGACGGUACCCGUGUCACGAAGGUGGGGAAGUAAGGAAAAAUAUUGAAUUCUGACAUAAAGUGUAGCGAAAAAAAAAUCAACUCAAACACAACACAGACAAAUAUGAACACAAAACCACCUCUCCAAGUUCCUAACUUCAUCGGUAGUAGCCCCUCAUCUAGACCACAAAGUCCUUCGCUGUGCUUCUCCACCUCCUCAUCGAAAGCAGAAAAAAAUGAACCGGUGACGCUUUGCGGCUGCCGCCGAGCACCAAAAUCACAAUGCUGCUCUGCCAUAGGUGUUCUAUUACUGGUCCUCGCGUACACCGCGUUAGGCUCCGUGCUGUUUGUUACGUUGGAAGGAGAUGCAGACGAAGGCGGCAUGAUUGAGAGCGCGGUAGCUGCCUCCAAACCAUAUCCAAGACAUGAUGUAGUUAGCUCAGAAAUAAGACUAAAAACUGUAGAUCGGCUGUGGUCCAUUACGGAAGACCUAAAUAUAUUAUACAAAGAAAAUUGGACUCGGCUAGCGGCCCAGGAGGUGCAGCAUUUUCAGGAUACCAUCUUAAGAGCGAUACGGGCAUCAAGAUUGCAACAAGUGACCAAUACUCAGAACAACGCCAAACCCUACAAGUGGACAUAUACCUCGGCCUUUCUGUACUCACUAACGCUGAUCACCACCAUCGGUUACGGUGGCAUUUCUCCGCGUACCCAAUGGGGCAGAAUAGCGUCGCUAAUUUAUGCUUUGUUUGGCAUACCGAUCAUACUGCUGUAUCUUUCAGCAAUGGGUGAAGGUCUAUCAGCAGCCAUGCGCUGCCUGUUCCGUCGUAUACGACCAUCAUCGCAUUCGUCAUCGAAUAGCGCAAGCACCAAUUCCAGCUUGAGCGGCAAUUCGGCAAUAAAUAGCAAAUCUUCCAGUUCAGAGCUACAGAAACGGUCUCAACAGAGCAGCAGUUAUCACCAGACAUGGACUGGCAUACAUGACCCACACGGUUACGGAGGCGUCAGUGGACUCGGUGGCAAUGGUAUAGCUGGUGGUGGUAACGGCGGAGGAGGACCUUCAGGAAGCAAUGGCAGCAAACAUAAUCAAUCAGUCGUACCAAUAUCAAUCUGCAUUAUGAUACUAAUAUGCUACGUAACGUUGGGUGCCGUUCUAUUUCAUAAAAUUCAGCCUUGGGGGGUACUGGAGAGUUUAUACUUCUGCUUUACCUCUCUUGGCACAAUCGGCUUUGGCGAUCUGGUGCCAAUUGGAAAUAUUGCCCAGUAUGCUGCCUCAGCAUAUAUUGUCGUUGGUAUGGCUGUGGUAGCCAUGUGCUUUAGCCUCAUACAGACAGAGUUGAUAGUAUGGUUGAAGAAAUUUGCCACUCCCGAAUCCCUUCCCUCGUCGACAGAGGACGUCGCUCUGGUGUCCGUUGCAAUGACUCCGAUAAAAUCCUGACAAAGGCCAACCGAUAUUCUACCUAAUGAGUAUAACUCAUUGCCACGUCGGUCAAGCGCAUUCCAGCGAAACACACCAGCCCGCCGCUCAGCUGGCAUAAUGGAGAAUCAUGUAGAAUAUUUUGUACCGAGAAGUGUGAGUGAAUUUAACCUUUCAGGCGUCGGCGAUCUGGCGCUUCCACCGGCGAAACGUAGUAUGGUAACGCACGCUGGUAGCUCAACAAUGAUUUCGAUACCCAAACCAAGAGAAAAAAUGGUUACAUUUGAGGAUGAAUCGAAAUGUCCCCAUGGAUUACCUUCAACGCCUCGAAAAACAACCCUGGCCAACGACGUCUUUAUGUGACGGGAGGGCUCAUGAGAUGAAACAAUUCAAUGCCCUGGAGACAUUAUCAAAGUCUGAUAGCAACUAUCACCUCCUCCAAUCCAAAUAUUCUCCUCCCCAUCCAUACCCAUUUCCUCACUAACGAUUGACAUUAAUACGACAUCCCCUUAAAAUCUGCAUUAAAUAUAUACAUGAAAAAAUUCUCAUAAGACGAGGCCAAAAUA